AUUGUCUUCAGCAUGUCAUAAAUAUAGAUCCAUACUAGGUAAAGUGGUAAAGUAUCAUUUAUACAUCUACACCACUUGGUAAUGCUUUUUUUUUGUUUAGCAACAACUUCAACAAAACUAACAGAAUGACACCUGCAGACACCUUCACUGCAGACACCUUCAAUCUCCUUCCUGAAACUGAAAUCACCAAAAAUGACAAAACCACAGUGGAUGUUAUGAUGAACAACAUCACAAUUGCUUUUUACACAAUCACUAUAUUUUUGGGCACUUUUGGAAAUGCUCUGGUCAUCUAUAUGUCCGGAUUCCGUCUAAAAGCCAAUGUCACCAAUGUCUGGCUGGUCAACUUGGCUGUAGCAGACCUGAUUUUCUGUCUCACUCGUGUUACUUCAUUGAUUAAGAAACUCUACAAUGAAUUUUGGUUCUUUGGCUGGUUUCUCUGCAAGUUCAAUGGAUUCUUCAAGUACACCAAUAUGUUCUGCAGUGUUUUCAUCCUGGCCGUCAUUAGUCUGGAUCGGGCAAUUUGUGUUUGGCAACCGGUGUUCAGCAGGCAGCGGAGAACUGUAUGUGCAGCUAGACUCAUCAGCGUUGGGGUUUGGACAGUGGCAGUGAUCUUCAGUGCACCAUAUUAUGUGUACCGACAAGUGUAUACCGAAAAGAACAAUUUAAGCAAGUGCUCUAUUGAGGUGCCACAGAUAUCUGAAGCUGACAACAGAGCUAAGAUGGCCUUGUACAGUAUUCGCUUCUUAUGUGGAUUUUUGUUGCCUUUCCUCAUCAUCCUGACCUGCUAUGUACUAGCUGGUUUAGGAAUACGGCGAACACGGAUCAUUCGCAAAUCACGGCCCCUUCGAAUUUUUUUUGGAUUGGUCUGUGCAUUCUUCCUGUGCUGGGGGCCUUACCACUUUCUCCUAUUGGUCAAAAUGGUUGACAGCAAGAGCCAAGCAGUAAAAGUGGGCCUGCCCAUAGCUAAGGGUAUAGCUUAUUUCAACAGCUGUGUUAACCCAAUUUUGUACUUCUUUAUGGGGUUGGACAAGAGACUGCGCUUUAAUCAAAGCCUGUCUCGGGUCUAUGCUAGAGUCCUAGCUGAAGACUUUGAGGUACAAACUUUAAAGUCUAAAGAUUGCACAGGAACAAUGGAUGACACUGCAAAAGCAUUGCAAGAGUCAUAGUGGAAGGAAAGUACUGUAGCUGUUUGUAAGAAUGGUUGAAAAAAAGCUACACAGUAAUUGGAAGAAGAAAAAACAUCAGUUUAUACAUGUUAGUUAUGUUGUUAAUGUACCUUUCAUUUCCAACUUUGUGUACAAUAUUUGCUGAAGUUUAUUGUGUAUUUUAACUAAUGCAUUAAGUAAUAACAGUUAAGAAAACAUUCAUUUAAAGUACAACAAGAUUGCAUCAUUAUGUCUAGAAACGAUUGUAAAAUAAAUAAUAACUAGUUUUACAAACAAUGUUUAAUUUAAUUUUUAUUAGGAUAUAUUAUAUCUUGUUAAUGGUCAUGGUCAUGUUUGUCCAAAACAAUAUUUAACCCUUAUAUUUUCCUCCUAUGCAAAUUAGGAGCGCCGAGUCUACUUGACCUUGUCUGUUUUGACUGCUUAUAAAAAAUGAACUAUAUAUG